CCUAUUGGUCAGUUUGUCCUGUAUGCAAAUGAGGGCUGCUACGUCAGAUCCUGAACCUGUGCGCCAUUUUUUCCUCAAUAGGGGAAGAAAGGGACAAAAGCUAGACCAAAAUUAACUUAUCUUUACAAACCCCACCUUUCACAUAAGACUUCACCCUUCAUACCUCGGUGUGUGUAGACAGAUGCAGCUGCUCGGAUGAGCCUCUGCGUGCAGCCCCAGUAGCACACGCAGCUUACGGACACGCACAGUUGAGGGCCGGCGGAAGUGGAAAACGGUAGCCCUGUUGGAGGAGGCACAGCGACUACUAACGUUAACCUACGCCGAAAGAUUGGACGAGGCCUGUAAAAAACAAUGUAUCAGCUUCCAGUUGGAAAUAUUGAGAAGAUCCGAAAGGCAAGGAAGGCCGUGAAAAACAUCCUGACUGAGAUAGGACUUGAAGACUGCCAAAACCUGCUGAAGGAUCUAAAUGAAAGCUCGGAGAAAAACUCAGAUGAAGGUGACAUCUUUCAGGAAACUGAGUGGGUUGAUUUCACUGAUGGAUACAAUGGCAGACUAUAUAAGAAGUGGCCUUAUCGGUCGCGAUCUUUGUGCUGUAACCUGUGCAAGUACUCCACUAAAAACAUCUACAACUUCAGGACCCACGUCACUCGCUGUCAUAAAUAUGUACAGUCCUUCUGUUCGCUCGCACCCUGUUCUCAGUGCCUCUUCAUUAGCCACCCUAAGGUGGUCAAGAAGCACAUGAUGUUCUUUCACACCAAACUAGCCAAUCAUGUACAACCAGCAAGGGAAGGACCUGCACUCAACCACCGUGGGAAUGAGAGGUAUCAAUGCAGAAAAUGUGGAUUUCCAGCCUCUUCCAUCUUCAUGUUGAAGAAACACAUCAUCCUCAAGCACCUGGAGAGAAUGGCAGAACAGUUUAUCGGUUACAGAUUACACCUUCAAGGCACCACAUCUAUAAAGAUCCACUGCUGCAAGGUGUGUAGGGUGAACACUGGGACCCUUGACCAAAUGUUGCAUCACAUGCUGGUGGAGCCAUCGCACUAUGCAGUGAGCACACAAGUACAGAGCUUAAUUUUUGAGAACAAGAACUAUACCAUGAAAUCAACUCCGAACGGGAAUGGGUUGUUUGUGACUUUCCCAAGUAUCGCUCCUAAGCCGCAAACAACUCAAAUGUUCAACAGUAAGUCUUUGGUGCUGCCAAGUAACGGCCAACCUGCUGGGACUGUGGUAACGUUACAGCAACUAACAGGGAGUACAAACAGUACGACUCUGAUCUGUGCCCCUGGGACCAACCAAGCUUUCUUACCCCCCCAGGCAUCAGCGCUGGUGCAGCUAGCUAGUGCUGAGGCUAAAGGUUUGCUCCAGCCUGGUGCCACGAUCGCCCUCAGAAGUGCUUUGCCCCAAGGGCCAUCAAUGGUCCAGCUUCCAACAGUGUCUAACGUGUCUCUCAAACAGGCAUCAAUGGCUCUGGCUCCUCCUUCUUCUCAAGCACAACAGGCUCCACAAGCACAGCAAAUCCUUCUCCAAACUGGAAUGCAGGCCAGCUUAACAAGUGGACCAGUAUCGAAACCAGGUAUGGUCACACAAAAUGUAUCAACCAACCAAAUCACCCUACAAGGUACCAUGUUGACUUCACAGUCUCUGUUGAGUCACCUGAUCCCGACCGGCAACAGAAUGAACGGCAUGCCCACAUACACUUUUGCUCCGCUGCAGGUAGCAGUGCCAGGAAAUCAGAAUACAAAUACCCCUCUCAAGCCGAUCGAGCAGACAAGUAACUCCUCACCACAAACCAAGAAAUGGAUUACCUGUCCACUUUGCAAUGAACUUUUCCCCUCCAAUGUCUUUGAUAUCCACACAGAAGUGGCUCACCAGACAAAAUCCACCUCAGCCAAGUCAGAGAGUGUGGCGGCAAGAGCAGCCUUCUUAAAGAAAAUGCCAGACAAAACUGUCAAAUGUCUCACGUGCAAAAUUCUACUAUCAGAAAAAAGUGUCUUCCAACAUCUACUCCAUGGCCUGAAUUGUUUGUACUGCUCGGCUUUGUUCUUUUCAAUCAGACAGCUCGCUGAGCAUGUUAAGAUACACAAUCCCUCGAGCAAGGCAUACUGUGAUUUCCUGAGACAGAAGUACAGGGUCUACACAAAGGGCUCUGGAAUCCUGUUUCCUUACUUUGACGUCAACACAACCGCACCCAAAGAAGUUCUCGGAGACGUCGAGGUAAAUCUCGCCCUGGUCACGAAUUCACUCGACCUCAUCUUCUUUAAGUUGCAGCCCACCAGUCAGCCAGAAAUAUGUCCAGCGCCCUUGAAAAUAAACAGCACGUACUGUCCCUUCUGUGAUGAAAAGUUUCAGAGCGAGUCCCAACACCUGCAGCACCUGAAAGAAAAACAUUUUGUGGCACCUACCAUUCAUGCCAUACUCAAGACAGAGGCUUUCAAGUGCAUAUACUGCAACGGUGUGUACACAGGAAAGGUCACCCAGCAGGCCGUGAUGCUCCACAUUCAGCGAUGCCGCUGUUCACCAAAGCAACCACAGCCACAACUCCCCAAGGCAGCACCGGCACAACCCCAGCCACCGCCAAAACUAGUUCAGCAGCUCAGCCAGCCUUCCGGACUCUACUUUCUCCAAGUGCCACAAGGAAUGACAGUGAAACAAGCUCUGGCUCCAGCGCGAGUGAUUCCACCGGUGCUCGCUGCCAGGCCUGCAGAGUCAGCAGCAGAGAUUCAGUCCAAGCAAAGGCUGGAGGCCGCGUUGAAGGAGGUCAUCCAGGCUAAUAAACGAGAGAGGGAGGAAAGGGCAGCCAUGCGUAGGAAGCGAGAGCAGCAGAGGUUAUUGCCCCCACCAGAGCCUGUGAUUCACGUCGACCCCACAGUCAAGCUAGCGUUGGAGCCAACACCAGUGGAGCGCCGCAGCAGCGAGGAGCGCAGAGAUUUCAUAUCCAAAUACUUCAACACAAACCCUUACGCCAACAAAGCCGAGUCUGAUGAGCUGUGCAAGAGGCUGUCAGUCACAAAAGCCGAGCUGGCAGCUCUCUUCAGCAAGAAGCGCAGCAAGUGCAUGAAGAGUCUCAAGAGCAACUCGGCGGCCAUUCUCCUCGGAUUCAACAUGAAAGAACUGAACAAAGUCAAGCACAACCUCCUCGUUCCAGAGCCACCUACAGCAGAUACUAUAGAGCUUGCAGAUGCAACGGAGUCGAUGGAAAAGAGUGAAGAUGGACCAGAAGCUAUGGAUGACAGUGGAAAUGUUAAGGUUUCAGGCGGGGAACAGGUGGAGCAGAUGGAAUGUGUUUAGAAGAUGGAAAUGACCUGAAAACGGCAAAUAAUGCAAAUGCUGCUAUCCCUAAUUUAAAACAGAAUAAAACUCUGAUACUUUAAUGACGGCCUCUUGUGUUGAUAGUUAAUAGAGAAGUUCAUUAUGCAGUGUACACAGUGUAUUCCCCAGCAUACAGUUACCUGAAAGUGAGGGCAGUUUGUUAAUGUAGCCUCCAUUAAUAGUGCUUUUCUUUUUCAGUACGCUGUUGGUGGUUCAUAUUCUAAUUUUCACAUUUAUACAAAGCCACGUUACAAUGCUCUUUAAGACAAAAUAAUCAAAAACAGAUUUGUUGUCUGUAAGAUAUUAUGGUGUCAGUAGUAUUUAGCUGGUUACAAUCCCUCAUAUUUUAAUCAUACUGACUUCAACUAAAGCACUGAUUCACUCCUGUUAAAGCCUUCCUUUUUUGCCCCCUUUAUUUAAGCCCCUUUGGAAAAGAAAAGUGAUUUGGUACAUCAUCGCUUGUCUGCUGAUAUCCAGAUUUACUUGCACCCAUUGACAUAAAGUUGAUUUUAUAUUAUAUUGUGCUUUCUUUUUGUGCAUUUGUCUUUGUUUAAUACACUUGGACCUAUCUCUGUCUUGUGUACAGCUAUGUUUUUUGGUUUUCUCAUUUUCACAAGGCUCCCUCCUCUACAUUUGAACAGUUUGAGCGAGGGAGGAAUGAUUUCUGGUUAUCUAGCGAGUGUUCACGUUACAGUUUUGAAUCCAGAUUUUGGAGAAUGUACACAUUUUCCAACAUUACAAGUUUUGGAGAAUAACUAGAGCUGAUGAACACGUGGUUGUCUCAAAUCCAAAGUUGCCUGCAUGAGCAUUUAAUUCAUCAGAUGAAAGUAUGAGUUGUGCCAUUGUGAAGCCUACAUAUACUUGUAGGCAUUUAUCUAGACAUUUAACAAAGCUUACAAAACAAUGAUUGGGUGUUCCACAUAUAUCUUCUUUUCUCCUGACUGCUGUUUUGUUUUGUACUUUAUUUGUAUUUUCUAUAAUUCCAGGAGGAGCAACAAUGUUGGGAGUGGUACUUAUUCUCAUUCUGUCCAAGUCCAUUGAGUUAUAAAAAAUAAAGUGGGUUUCUUUUACAUAAUAA